GGGAGCACGCAGCAGGUAGGCGUUCGAAACUAAAAACUGACUUGAAUGAGUGCAAAGUAGAUGAUAGAUGACAUAGGGGUAAAAUGAUGGUAAUCUCUUACAGGCAGCGAGCUAUCGCGGCAGCUGGACCUAUGGCUGUCCAAGGCAGACCUGACUCACGGCCCCGCGCGGGCCAUUAUAGCACCGCAUGCGGGUUAUUCGUAUUGCGGCGCGUGCGCGGCUUUCGCGUACCGGCAAGUCAGUCCCGUGGUUGUCAAGCGGAUCUUCAUCCUAGGCCCGUCCCACCACGUCAGAUUGGGAGGCUGUGCUCUCUCCUCUCUGGACAAAUACCAGACGCCGCUCUAUGAUCUCACCAUAGACAAACAGAUAUACGCAGAGUUGGAAGCCACCCGGCAGUUUGAGUGGAUGGACGUACAGACCGACGAAGAUGAGCAUUCCAUAGAGAUGCAUCUGCCAUACAUAGCCAAAGUUAUGGAGGAAUAUAAAACCGGUUUCACUAUUAUACCAAUUUUGGUUGGUUCAUUAACGCCUGAGAAAGAAGCAAAAUACGGCGCAAUCUUAGCGCCUUACCUGGCGGAUCCUCAGAACCUGGUGGUGGUAUCGUCCGACUUCUGCCACUGGGGGUCCCGGUUUCGGUACACGUGGCGCGACCAGGCUCGCGGACCCAUCUACCAGAGCAUCGAGUGGCUUGACAAACAGUCGUUGUUCAAGUGCGACAGUGAUAACGCUCUACGAAACUAA